CGGGAUCUCAGUUACCGUUUUCAGAAGCGAUCAUAGAAGUAGCUCUGCAGCAGCAAGAGCAAACGAACGAAGCGGAGAAAACCCGACACAUUCAAACUCAAAUAAAGCUCCAGCUUUCUGACCUGGAAAAGCAAAAUGAAGCAGUUAUGCUUAAGUUCUGGGCCACAGAGAAACAUAUUGGCAAACUGGGGGAUGAGAUUGAACACAGACUUAAGCAUUCAGAGCGCCUGGAAGCCCAGACACAAGCCCUUUAUAUGGAAAAUGUAAAUCUUCAACUUCGGAUCGAACAAGAGGAAGAACAUUUCCAAUUGCUGUUGGCAGGAUACAACACAUACAGAAAUAAAAUGGGCGCUCACAGAGAGGUUAUUGCUCAUGUGGAAGGCAAAACUGCCACAAGGAGGGAACUCCUGGAAAAACGAGAAAUUGUAAAAAAGCUCAAAGAAAAAAAGGAGGAGCUGAGGAUUGAUCUGGAGAAUCCAGAAGGAAAUGUAGUGAGACAAGUUCAGGGAGAUAUUUACAAUUUGAAGAUAAGGAUUUCAGAUUUAAAGGAGACUGUCAAUAAAAAGAUUGCAUGUCUGGUUAAAGAACAGGAGGUUCAUAUUCAACUGAAGAAGGAAGUAGAGAUGCAAAACAGAAGAUGUGACGCCAUUUUAAAACGUCUUCACUGUCAGUUGAACAAGAUGCAGUCUAAUAAAAGGCAGUGGAACUGGGAUAUUCAACAAAUGGAGAGAAAAGUUGCUCAGCUUAGAAAAUGUCUUGGGAUAACAGAGUAAGCAGUGUUUAGAUAAGUCUUGUGACUUUCUGUAUGGUGUCCCAGUACAAUUCUUCUGCAAGUACAAGGAAAGUACUGUCCCAGAAACAGAGGGAGUGUACAUCUAAGGUAUACUGCAUUCAAGAUGAAUGCAUAUUUGGAGAAAUCACUUGGAUGUUCCUCUAGCAGCAUUAAAGGGGUUUGUUAUUUUGCAUGUCAUUGUAUCAUCUGCUGGGAGGUCAUUUGUUACAUUAACUUAAUAUCUUGAAAUUUGUUUUUUUUGUAUGUGUAAUUUUGCUGGACAGUAAGUAUACAGCAGCAUAUAUUGGUAG